AUGGCGUUGGGGCAGAACCAAACCACAGUAACAAGAUUCAUCCUGUUGGGCCUCACCGAUCAGGAAGACCAAAAGCAGAUCCUCUUUGUCAUCUUCCUGCUGAUCUACUGUGUGACUCUAGUGGGCAACCUGGGCAUGAUCGACCUGAUCCGAAGCAGCCCUGCCCUCCACACCCCCAUGUACUUCCUCCUCAGUGUGCUCUCCUUCCUUGACAUCUGCAACUCCUCCAUUUUCACGCCCAGGCUGCUGGUCAGCUUCCUGACGACCGACCAGUCCAUCUCCUUUGCAGGUUGCGUGGUCCAGAUGGCCCUCAUGAUCGCCCAUGGCACCGGGGAGUGUCUGCUCCUGUCCAUUAUGGCCUAUGACCGGUUUGUGGCCAUCUGCCACCCUCUCCUGUACCACAGCAUCAUGUCCAAGAGCCUGUGUGUUCAGCUAGCAGUGGUCACUUACGCUGGGGGAGUGUUCAUCUCAGCUGUACAGACAGGGAAUGUGUUCAUCUUACCCUAUUGUGGCCCCAACAUCAUUGAUCACUAUUUCUGUGACAUCCCCCCGGUGCUCCAACUGGCCUGUUCAGACACGAGUGUGGCCAACAUUAUCUUGCUCUUCUUUUCAGCAUUAGUCACUGUUCCUACAAUUUCCGUUAUCUUGGUCUCUUAUGCCUACAUCUUGGUCACAAUCUAUAGGAUGAGGUCACCGGAGGCCCAGCGCAAGGCCUUCUCCACCUGUGCCUCCCAUCUUACUGCUCUCGGCCUCUUCUACGGAACUGUGUUUCUUGUCUACGUUCAACCCAAUCCUGAAAGUGCUUCAGCCUAUAACAAGAUCCUCUCUGUGUUCUACACCAUUGUGAUCCCUAUGCUGAAUCCCCUGGUUUAUAGCCUGAGGAAUAAAGACGUGAAGACAGCUCUACAAGUAAGAGUUCUUAAUCUAAGUAGGAAAGGAAUUUGUUCCAAAGGUGCCUGGUAG